AUGAUGAAUCUCGCAAGGCUGGUACCGCGGUCUCAAUCAUUGUUUCGUCCCCUAGCGGCGGUGAGGGAUUUUCAAGGCUGCACUGGAAGCCUCCAUCUUCCCUUGAUCCGAGCCCGUACCGAGCCCGUUAUCGGCCAAUCUCAACGUCUUUCCCUCUCAACCUCUGCAUCAUUAUCGUGCGACAAACACGAUAUGUCGCAAGCGGAGACUAAUUAUUCUCCAGACCGAUUCACCACCGCGUUGCAGGCAAACAAGGAGUGGGCUGCGAGAACUGCCCUGGAGCAUCCGGACCUGUUCCCCACGCUUGCCAAUGGCCAGUCGCCCGAAAUUCUCUGGAUCGGUUGCUCCGAUUCUCGAUGCCCGGAGACGGUCGUUCUAGGCCUAAAGCCUGGCGAUGUCUUUGUCCAUCGGAAUAUCGCCAAUAUCUUGCAUGCCGGCGAUCUCAGCUCGGGUGCAGUCAUCGAAUAUGCCGUCCGUCAUCUGCGGGUCAACCACAUCGUGCUCUCCGGCCACACCAAGUGUGGUGGUAUCGCAGCAGCCCUUGGUAACAAGCAACUCGGUAUCCUCGAUCCCUGGCUGUUGCCUCUGCGCCAGAUUCGUGAACAGAACCUUGCGCUGUUGCAGACCAUGUCACCGGAGGAUGCGACCGGUGUCAAGCUUUUGAAGUCGAAGGGUGUAGUGCUUGAAGCGAUGCACGAGCGGGGUCUCCAGGUUCACGGGCUCAUCUAUGAUGUCGCCUGUGGUAUGCUCCGGGAUAUAGACACCAAGGACUCGGAGGAAGAGAUCAAGAGGCGACUGGUGGCCUUCAAGACGGAGGCUUAG